AGGGUUAGAGCCAAGUGGCCUGUCUCUAAAGAACUACCCGAUACUUUUUCAUGACACACAUGGUGAAAAUGUACGCCUUUCCCCGGAUAAAAAGCGCGCCACCCGAUACGAAAGCUUCUGCAAGGGGAUAGCAUUUAGCAACCGACCAAUAGCAGUCAAUGAACGAGUGUAUAUAAAAAUUGCCGAAGUUUCGGCAAAUUGGUCCGGGGUUCUUAGAUUUGGAUUUACAUCAAAUGAUCCAGCUACGAUAAAUGCCGCUACCUUACCACGUUACGCAUGCCCCGAUUUAACGAACAAGCCCGGAUAUUGGGCCAAAGCUCUUGGAGAAAGAUACGCAGAAUUGAUUGCUGUUAUAUACUUCUAUGUGACCAGAUCAGGAGAUGUAAUGUAUGGAAUAAAUGGCGAAGAAAAGGGAAUGUUUUUUAAUAAUGUGAAUGUCAGUAAUCCUUUGUGGGCACUCAUCGAUAUCUAUGGCAACUCUAUGACGAUAGAGUUUCUAGAUGGAGAUCAGCUGAACAAUCUGGCGCAGAAUCUUCCAGUGGCAAACCAACCACAGAACCAAGUACAGAACUUACCACACAACCUGGGAGCUAUGAACAUUGGGGGAGGACAACAACCAAUUUUACCCCACAGGGGUCUAUCACGUAGCCACGCAGUGCCUUCUCAACCCCCUCUCCCAACCCAGAGGCCUGGAUUGCUACCACCUCAUGUCUCUCAACAACACAACUCUCAAGCGACUGCUGAUUUUCACUCAACGGGACCCCAAAUUAAGCAUCAUGCAAAUGUACACUUUACGCCAUUGCAAUUUCAUAAUAUGUUCGGGAAAAAUGUACGAAUUUCUCCUGAAAAAACUCAAGCCGCUCGGCUGCCAAAUGAGUACAGUAAUGGCUAUGUGUUUUUGAAUAGGCCUAUAAAGUGUGGUGAAAAGGUUGUGAUACAGCUAUUAGCGCUAGAUAGGGCUUAUGUAGGGGGUAUGGCAUUUGGAUUAACAGCCUGUGACCCUGCAAGCCUUAUAAAUGUUGAAUUACCGGAUGAUUCUGAUUUGCUACUGGAUAGACCGGAAUAUUGGGUCGUCAACAAAGAUGUCUGCCGUGCUCCAGAGAUAGGGGAUGAACUCAGCUUUUCUAUGAGCAAUGAUGGUGAGAUUGUAUAUUGCAAGAAUGGGCAUAAAGUAGCAACAUUGAUGUUUGUGGACAAAACUUUGCCAUUGUGGAUGUUCUUCGAUAUCUAUGGCAACACACAAAAAGUUCGCUUACUAGGUUUGACUGGAAUUAAUUCAACUGCAGGAGCUUUACCACAACCACAGGCCUCUCCCCAGGGCCAACCACAAGCGCCCCCUAGGCGCCCAGCCUCCUCCCCUUCACUAGGAGGAGCUACAAGCAGAAUUGGAGGUGGGCUAACAGUAGCGCUACCCCCACGUAACGACAGACCAGGGACAGUUUCCCUCCCCCCUCCCCCACAGCGCCCCUUACCUCCCAUACCUCCCAGCAGGCCUUUGAGCAUGACCUCAAUGCCUGCACACCCUCCACCCCCCAUCCCCAAGGCAGCUAGUAACCCAUAUGUGCCUGCCGCGAUGGUUAGUUCCCCUGCUGGGAGAAGUACCUCCCCUGCUGUCCCACAAGCCACCACUCCUGAUGUAGCCAAUCAGAACAAGGAAAAUGAAGAAAGUGAGUGUACAAUAUGCUGGGAGCAGCAGGUGAACACUGUGUUGUAUACGUGUGGUCACAUGUGCAUGUGUUACGAAUGUGCAGUUGCACUCAAGGAGAGUGGAGAUGGACUCUGCCCAAUAUGUCGGGCCACCAUCAAGGAUAUUAUCAAAGCCUAUAGAUCCUGAUGUAAAUGCUGUGUAAAUAAAGGUGUGACGAUUCCUGAGAAAUAUUAAGGUGAAUUAAGAUACUGCUAUGUAAUAUAAUAGGCACUGAGAUGCUAUGUAUGUAUAUAUCAAGAAAGCUUAUUCUUAGUCUGUAAUAUUUUCGAAGAAUACAGUAUACUGAUCAUGUUUAUGUACUGGUACACAUGUAUUAAACUCACAUCCUGUAGAAAGAGCACAACAGUAGAUGAGGUGCUGAUAAAAUACAUGUACAUGUAUUUGUAUUUCACCCUACAGAGACAGUGACUGCAGGUUUAAGACAAGAAAGGCAGUUUCUGUAAUUCUGAUCUUAAAAUCACCCCCAAAUGAUUUUAUUGCAGUUGUUGAUUAAAAUGAUACAUUAACAACAUGGCUUAAAAAUCCUUAUGAAGUACUGUAGGUAUGUAGAUUCACUAUUGUGGAAAGUGUUCCCCAUUUGGCGGUUUGUGUUGGUUGGUGUUUGGCAUUUG